UCAAAAAAUUAACAAUAAUAUCGUUAUAAAUUUGUGCGGUUGCCGCCUACCGGUUACCAUGGUAACGCUGUCGCAUCAACAAUGUUUACGCUUUUGCGUUUAUUGAAAAUGGCUAUUUUACUGUUCUAAGACAAAAAGUAUGGGUCUUUUAAGUAUUUUAAAAAAGCUGCGAUCGUCUACAGAAAGGGAACUGCGUUUAUUAUUAUUAGGCUUGGAUAAUGCAGGUAAAACGACUAUAUUGAAGCAACUAGCCUCUGAAGAUGUGACUCAAGUGACUCCAACUGCAGGAUUUAAUAUAAAAUCGGUUUUAUCAAAUGGAUUCAAGUUAAAUGUGUGGGAUAUUGGUGGUCAAAGGAAAAUCAGACCCUACUGGAGGAAUUAUUUUGAAAAUACGGAUAUUUUGAUAUAUGUAGUAGACUGUUCAGAUCACCAAAGGUUACAGGAGACUAGUUAUGAAUUAGCGGAAUUGUUGCAAGAUGAGAAACUCAGGGGAGUUCCACUUUUGGUGUACGCUAAUAAACAGGAUUUGUCUACUGCUCUGCCAGCUAGUGAAGUGGCGCAGCAUCUCGGCCUGCACUUGAUAAGAGAUCGCACUUGGCAGAUACAAGCGUGUGUUGCUACGGACGGGACAGGGGUUAAAGAAGGCAUGGAGUGGGUGUGUAAGAAUAUACCAGUCAAGAAAUAAAGU